AUGACUAGACUGCCCCAAAAAUACAGCGAGGUGGAGGCUUCGUCUGAAGCUUCUCUCCUGCAGGAUGGAGAAAACUCUGAGGACCAACCAGGACCCUCUGCAGUCAGGAGCAGAGUUAUACGGAACACCAGGAGGUCCAAACUGAAAACCCGCAUCCAGGAAAGUGAAGGAAAACCUCAGAGCUUCCAGAUUGCCAUCAACAUCACCGAGGCGAGGCAGCUGGUCGGGGAAAACAUCGACCCGAGCGUGGUGAUCGAGAUCGGCGACGAGAAGAAACAGACGACGGUCAAAGAAGGAACCAACGCUCCCUUUUACAACGAGUAUUUCGUGUUCGACUUCUUCGCCCACAAAGAGGUCUUCUUCGACAAAGUCAUCAAGCUGACGGUGAUGCAUUCGAAGAUGUUGAGGAGUUUCUGCGUGGGAUCCUUCAAGCUGGAUGUUUGGACGGUCUACAGACAGCCAGGUCACCAGUUCAUCAACAAGUGGGCGAUGUUGACCAACCCCGGCGACAUCAGCACCGGCGUCAAAGGUUACGUCAAGUGUGACAUCAGCGUGUCGGCGAAGGGCGACGCCAUGCAGCCGGGCCAGAAGGCGAGCGACGCCGAGGAGCAGAUAGACAAGAACCUGCUGAUUCCGGAGGGUUUCCCCGCCGAGCGUCCCUGGGCCCGGUUCUGUGUGAAGGUGUACCGGGCCGAAGGUCUUCCCCGGAACAACUCCAGCAUCAUGGCCAACGUCACCAAGGCCUUCAUCGGGGACAACACGGCGCUGAUCGACCCGUACGUGGUGGUCAGCUUCUUCAGACAAGUGGGUCGGACGUCAACGCAGAAGUCCACAGCCGACCCGGUUUGGAACGAACAGAUCGUCUUCACGGAGAUGUUUCCUCCACUGUGUCAGAGGCUGAAGAUCCAGGUGUGGGAUGAAGGCAGCAUGAGUGACGUUGCCAUAGGAACGCAUCACUUCGACCUGAGGCGGAUCUCCAACGAGCAGGACGGCGACAGAGGGUUCCUGCCGACCUUCGGCCCGGCCUGGAUCAACCUGUACGGCUCGGCCCGGAACUUCUCCCUGGGCGACGACACCGGGGAGCUGAACGAGGGCAUCGGGGAGGGCGUGUCCUACAGAGGGCGGGUCUACCUGGAGCUGGCCGUGGAGAUCCUCUCAGGAGGAACCGGAUCAGAGUCCAAGCUCAGCCGGAUGGUCAAACCUGUGAAGGACGUGAAAGCAGGAAAAGCUGGAGGGAAGGAGGUGAAGGCAGCAGCCGGAGGAGGAGGAGGAGGAGGAGGAGGAGGUGAAGAGGAGAAAGGAAAAGGUGCAGCAGCAGAAGUUCUGCCUGUCGAGUCUCCGCCGGCGCUGGAUGCAGACAACAAGGAGAGCUUCCUGCUGUUCGGAGUUCUGUUGGAAGCCACCAUGAUUGACCGCAAGAUCGGAGACCGACCAAUCAGCUUCGAGUUCUCUCUGGGUAACUACGGUAACGUGUUGGAGUCCGUAGCUCCGCCCACCAUCGCCAGUCCGGCCCUGUCUCUCCGCAGAAGAGAGCUGGACCUCCCGGACGCCAACAUGGCGUCUUCCCCCGCCAGCCCGACCUCCCCGCUGCUGCCCAGAGAGCCUCAGGACGCCUCGACCAAGACCUCGAGGCCGACGACGUCCCCGGAGAAACCGCUGAUCGUCGAAGGAAACCGGUACUACAUGUAUCUGCCGCUGGAGAAGCAGAAGCCGUGUGUUCACGUCGUGAGUCACUGGGAGGACAGAACCUACCGACUGUACAACUCCAACAUGCUGGAGAACAUCGCGGUUCUGUUUGAGGAAGGCGUCGCCAGCGCGGCCGAACUGCACAGGAAGUCCGAUCCGUCGGCCGAGUCGCUGCUCAGAACCGUCCUGAGAGACUUCUGUCUGGACGCCAGGAGUUUCAUUGCGGCAGCGGAGGCGAAGCUGAAGGCUGAGCUGAAGUCGAACUACUUGACUCAACUGGACAAGAAACGUCUGACGAUGUGCAAACAGGAGCUGGAGACUAUGAUCGGAGAAGCUCAGUCCACCGUAGAGAAGAAGAGAAAAGCCGGAGGAGUCAAAGAGAUGCUGCAGGAGGCGACGAAGCUCACGCAGAGACUUCGCUUCCUGGUGGAGGAGCCUCAGCACACGGUCCCCGACUUGUUCGUCUGGCUGCUGAGCAACAACAAGCGAGUCGCCUACGCUCGGCUUCGAACCAGAGACCUGCUGUUCUCCAGCGUCCAGGAGGCCCAAGGAGUGGACUGUGGGAAGAUCAUAACACUGUUCCUGAAG